AUGGGCAACCAAUUUUUCAGACGUGAAAGCGUAGAAUUCAUUCUAUUACCGUCGCAGGAUAAAAGUGGUCCUCUCGGUCUAGGUGAUCCCGAUAACGAAGAGAUAAGUCGAGUUGAAGAGGAGAGCAUUAUACCUGCACUAAUGCAUGACAGACUCAGAACAAAACAUUGCCUGAAGUUUUGGGAUGAAGUACCAAUGGACAGCGUUAUACAUAUGUCGCCAAGACUUCCACCGAGCGCUGGAGUGCAACAAUCUAAACGAUCCGCAGUUCCUCGAGGAAAUGAAGAAGUUGUACUUGAAGCUACGUUCCGACUACAGAAAAACAGGACUAGAGCAACGAGUUGUACGAAUUGA